UUUCUAUCAGGUGAGUCCAUCCUCCUUACUCAGUCACUCUCUCCUCUCCCGGUCUGGGACGUGUAGGACAGCUGUGUCUGUAGCUUUCUAUCAGGUGAGUCCAUCCUCCUUACUCAGUCACUCUCUCCUCUCCCGGUCUGGGACGUGUAGGACAGCUGUGUCUGUAGCUUUCUAUCAGGUGAGUCCAUCCUCCUUACUCAGUCACUCUCUCCUCUCCCGGUCUGGGACGUGUAGGACAGCUGUGUCUGUAGCUUUCUAUCAGGUGAGUCCAUCCUCCUUACUCAGUCACUCUCUCCUCUCCCGGUCUGGGACGUGUAGGACAGCUGUGUCUGUAGCUUUCUAUCAGACAUGAUGCAUCGCAUCUUCCUCAUCUGCUUGAGUUCUCUGCUCCUCCUCCUCUUCCUCUCCUCCUCCGCGCUUUCGGAACCCCGCCGAUGGUCGUCAUCCUCACCACGCAGCAGGACCGCGCGCGCUCCGGUUUCCAAGGUGCGCCUGGCGGGAAACUUCGCCCGGGGACUGAACGAGGGUCGCGUGGAAGUCCUUCACAACAGCACGUGGGGGACGGUGUGUGAUGACGAAGUGGAUAUCAAACUAGCCAAAGUCGUCUGCCGCGAGCUGGGCUUUCAGACCGGCAUCACGUGGGCGCACAGUGCCAAAUAUGGAGAGGGUGAUGGUCCUAUCUGGAUGGACAACGUGCGUUGUGACGGCACAGAGAAGACUGUGAAAGACUGUAAACAUAACGGCUGGGGUGUCAAUGAUUGCAAGCACUCUGAGGACCUUGGCGUGGUCUGCAGUCCUGAGCGACGACUGGACCAGGUCACGGGGUCACGUAAUGGUCAGUCAGUGGCCCAGCGUCCGGAUGUCAGCGUCUCGCCCCAGUGGCAAAGCAUCCUGGCCAGCCGCAGUAACCCCCGACAGGCCCAUCAUGGGAACGGACACCCUCCAGAGAGGCCCAGCCAGAGACAGCACCACUACAACCCGUAUUCCAGCAAGGUGCGUAUCCAGGAGGUGCGUCUGCGGCCCAUCCUGAUGCACACUAAGAAGCGGGCCCUGAUCACUGAGGGCGUGGUGGAAGUGAAGCAUGCUGGGAGAUGGAGGCAGGUGUGUGACCUGGGCUGGAACCUCAACAGCAGCAGAGUGGUGUGUGGAAUGCUGGGGUUCCCUGAGGCAGAACUACACAACGAAAGAACAUACAAGAAAAUCUGGGACACCAAGCUUGCUGAUCCAUCCACAAAGCUGAGCCUCAUGGCUAGUAAGAAAAGUUACUGGGUAGAGAAGGUUCACUGCCUGGGGUCAGAGACCAGCCUAUCAGAGUGUCACACUAAGCUGUCCAUCCCACUUAGCCCCUCCCCCUGUAAGAGUGGGAGACACGCUGUGGCGAGGUGUGUACUGGGACCACAGUUUGCGCUCAUGUCAUCUGGAAGACCCCAAGCACCCCACCCAAUUGUACCGGUGCGUCUGAAGGCUGGCCCCAGGCUGGGCGAGGGCCGUGUGGAGGUGUUGAAGGAGGGGAAGUGGGGUACCAUCGUAGACCACCUGUGGGACCUCAACUCAGCCAGCGUGGUGUGCAGGGAGCUUGGCUUCGGAACUGCCAAGGAGGCCCUCACUGGAGCUCACAUGGGACAAGGUACUGGUCCUAUCCAUAUUAACAGUGUCCAGUGUUUGGGGACAGAGAAGUCUAUCCUAGAAUGCAACUUCCAGGAUGCCCCUCUAUGGACGUUCAAACACACCCAGGACGCCUCAGUACGCUGCAACGUCCCCAAGCUUGGCCUGGACAGCAUGGUGCGGUUGGCGGGAGGCAGGGAGACAGGUGAGGGCCGUGUGGAGGUACUGAUGGAUGUAGGGGGUCGUAAGAGAUGGGGGUCAGUCUGCAGUGAGAACUGGGGGAUCAACGAAGCCAUGGUGGUCUGUCGACAGCUGGGUCUGGGGUUCGCAUCCCGAGCACACCAGGAGACAUGGUAUUGGGCUGGGGAUCCUAACGCAGCAGAGUUGGUGUUGAGUGGAAGCCACUGUGUCGGAAAUGAGCUGUCAAUCCAACAGUGUCGCCGUAACAACCACAUCCACUGUCCCCGGGGUGGCGGGGCUAAGGCUGCAGGGGUCACCUGUUCAGAGACUGCCCCUGACCUGGUACUAGAUGCCCAACUGGUUCAGGAGACAGCCUACCUGGAGGACCGACCACUACACCUGCUGACCUGUGCCAACGAGGAGAACUGUCUGUCGUCUUCCGCUGCCAGAAUGAACUGGCCCUAUGGACACCGCCGCCUGCUACGAUUCUCCUCCAGGAUCAUGAACAUGGGACGGGCCGACUUCAGACCUAGGGCUACCAGGGAGUCUUGGACCUGGCAUGCGUGUCACAGGCACUACCACAGCAUUGAGGUGUUCACCCACUAUGACCUGCUGACUCUGAAUGGGACCAGGAUAGCAGAGGGACACAAGGCCAGCUUCUGUCUGGAGGAUACAUACUGCCCUGAAGGUCUGCAUAAGCGUUUCUCCUGCUACAACAUGGGCGAUCAGGGCAUCUCAGUGGGCUGCUGGGAUACGUACCGCCACGACAUCGACUGUCAGUGGAUCGACAUCACCGAUGUCAAGCCUGGAGACUACAUAUUCCAGGUGGAAGUCAACCCCUCGUUAGACAUGGCUGAGUCAGACUUCCAGAACAACGUGAUGAGAUGUCGAUGCAAAUACGACGGACACAGAGCGUACAUGUAUGGAUGUCACGCAGGUGAUGCGUACAGUGCAGAGAUUGAGGACCUGUUUGAUCACCAAAGGCAGAUCACCAAUAACUUUGUCUAGGCCCAUCCAGGGCCCAGCGUUGGCCCAGGCUGGUGCCCAGCAAAGAGGGCUCAGAGCUGGGGCCAAAACUGCUCAGGGUGCCCUGGGGUCUGGAGGUCUGGUGGGUCGUGGGAUCCUGCCCCACAACACUAGGGGACUCACAAAAUGGCACCUGUCCACUGCACUUACCUGCUGUGGACUACACUACCCAGAAUAAACCACAACUAGGAGACCAUUACCCUGACUAUAACUUUCGACCCCAACAGCCAAUAGAAACUGAGAGCAGGACAGAUGUCACCAGGGAAACCAAAUGAUUUCAGUUAACAAUGGAGGGUUACAAUGAUAUGGAUUCAAUCAAGGUUUAGAUAUUUUGUUAGUUUAUGAAUGUGGACUACUAGUAACUUAGCUACUCAACAUUUCUAUGAAUUAACUCAUUUCAAUUAAAGUUGAAAUUAUAAUUGUACAUCUAACAUACCAACCUGAUCAAAGAGCCUUUCGUAUGGUAUGUUACAUUUCGUAUGGUAUGUAUCAAUUUGUGGAUGUCCAUCACCCAUUUCAUAUACUUUGUUCAUAUUAUAUGUUAGGAAUUUGCUAAUUGCUAAUUAGCUUUAAUAUUAAAGUUGACUGUGAUGAGAUUCAAACUCGCAAACUUUGGGUUGCUAGACGUUUGCGUUAAUUGCCUACUGAUCCACCCUGACCAACCACCCAUACGCCCACCCGUCCACCCCAACCAACCAUCCUACUUUCCUUUUUGCCUUAAGUAACCAUCUGUCUUAUGUAACCAUACCAAACGUAACAUAUCAUACUAAUUUGAAUGUCCCGGAUUUAGGUUUACUAUGUUACGUCUAGUCUAUGAAAACAGGCUGAAGAUAUGGAUGAUCCCGUAUGCCAAUGUCCCAGGAAAGGGGAAUGACUGAAAAGAGUCCUGUGUUAUCUGUUUGACUGAUGGUCUGUCUAGACAGUGUCUCCUACAAUAUCGGUGCUGUUUGAUAAAAUCUCAACCUUCCAGUAGACUUUAGCGGUCUGCAGUGUUUUGGUCCAUAAACAGGGAUUAAAUAAAACCAGGAGUGUCCUUGAGUGGACCUCAAGGCCCGAGUUUGAAUACAUAGUUGGGUAUGAACGUUUAUCUUAGUUUUUACUAUUGAAUUAGUUGUUUUCCUUUGUGCAGGUAUUGCCAUAUUCAGAAAAUAAUGACGAUAUACUGUAGCUACAGUAGAUCUGAUACAUCAAAACAAAUAUAGUUUAUUUAGUUAACAUUUCUCUCUUCUUCGGUUUUAAAAUUACUAUAACAUGAGGUCAAAUUAUUUUCAUGGGAUGAUGCACUUUAUCUAUUGAACUAAUAUCAGUAUUUAGAAUUUUGACCAAGUCCCCCCUCCAUAGUUUAAUAUGAUCAGCCAUAAAGUGCACGGUUACCAUAUUAGGACAGCCUAGUCCUUCUGUGACUGAGGCUGUCCUAAUAUGUACUCCGUAAUGUUUGCUUUUGUGACGUUAUCUCUUUAUACCUGCCAUGAAAAUGUUACUUUUGAUGCAGUUUACUGUCUGAUUUGCUGUAGUAACUGAAUUCCAAUGCUUUUGGUGCUCAUUUUGUCAUAACAUGUAAUGUAUCGUAUAUACUGCAGUUAAUUUAUUCAAGGCUACAAUUUGCAAUACUUUUUAUAUUGAUUAAACAUAUAAAACAAACACAUUUCCCCCAUUACAGUAAGUCACUAGCUAGGGUAUGCACUAGAAAAAAAGGUCUACCAAGAACCACGGUUUAUUUGACUGUUCCUGUAGCUUGGUUAACUAUUUUUGGUUCCAGAUAUAACUCUGUUUUGUUUCGAAAAUAUUUUCUUAUCGUUUAACUUCAAAGGGUUGAGAUGAACCUUAGCCAUUCAUAUUCCUUUCACAAAAUGGCCGGCAGAGAAAGCUUUGUGCCAUCCACCCAAGUGCAGUUCUCCACCCUUCUGGCCUUCCCAACCCACAGUUCUGUGGCAGCCAGGCAGGCAGUGUAUGAAAAAAACUUGAAUUAGCUGUGUUUGGGUUAGAGUUAGGGUAAGCAUGGGGCGUACACAGAGAAACACAGCAACUGUGAGCUCUGCUGUCAACAGCUAUAGGCAUGGGUGGGAAAGACACACGAGAAAGAGAGAAAGAGAGGGUAGGGGUAGAGAGAAAGAUAUGGAGAACAAUGCCUUCACAUUGGUCGGGAGAAAGAAAAAGAAAAAUAGAAAUAGAAAGAGGAUAAGCCUUGACGUGGGCAACACAUCCACCCUGGCCACUGCUGGCUGGCAUACUGAGACCGCAGGGCUGGCAUACUGAGACCGCAGGGCUGGCAUACUGAGACCGCAGGGCUGGCAUACUGAGACCGCAGGGCUGGCAUACUGAGACCGCAGGGCUGGCAAACUGAGACCGCAGGGCUGGCAUACUGAGACCGCAGGGCUGGCAUACUGAGACCGCAGGGCUGGCAUACUGAGACCGCAGGGCUGGCAUACUGAGACCGCAGGGCUGGCAUACUGAGACCGCAGGGCUGGCAUACUGAGACCGCAGGGCUGGCAUACUGAGACCGCAGGGCUGGCAUACUGAGACCGCAGGGCUGGCAUACUGAGACCGCAGGGCUGGCAUACUGAGACCGCAGGGCUGGCAUACUGAGACCGCAGGGCUGGCAUACUGAGACCGCAGGGCUGGCAUACUGAGACCGCAGGGCUGGCAUACUGAGACCGCAGGGCUGGCAUACUGAGACCGCAGGGCUGGCAUACUGAGACCGCAGGGCUGGCAUACUGAGACCGCAGGGCUGGCUUACUGAGACCGCAGGGCUGGCAUACUGAGCUCCUAAAGAGAACAGUAUGUUUGUGUAAGAGAAAAUGAACUCCUGAAUUCAGACAGUCAACAGCUGCUGCAGCAGUUGAGAUCUGCUAAAAGCUAAAAGCAGAUGCUGAAAGGAGAAUGGGUUUCAAAUGUACUGUGUCUAUCCAUGUCUCAGUUCAAUCAGUAUCGGUGGAAUAUUCCAUUUUCUGUACAAUGCUGUAACUCCAUUUUGAGUCAUCCAUAUUUGUGGCUCUUACGCCAUAGAUGUUGACUGGUAGAUGGAUCUGUUUGUGUUUUAUCCUUCUCCUUUGUCUUUUGCGUGAGUUGGCUAAAACAGAAACAAAUCUGGCGCAAUGCUCCAUGUUCACUGUCACCUUUUGCAUCUUUAUGGCCUUUUGAUGUGUUUGAAUGACUAACCAUCCUCAAGUCUAGACGCUGUCACCAUUAUGGCCUUUUGAUGUGUUUGAAUGACUAACCGUCCUCAAGUCUAGACACUGUCACCAUUAUGGCCUUUUGAUCUGUUUGAAUGACUAACCGUCCUCAGGUCUAGACGCUGUCACCAUUAUGGCCUUUUGAUGUGUUUGAAUGACUAACCGUCCUCAGGUCUAGACGCUGUCACCAUUAUGGCCUUUUGAUGUGUUUGAAUGACUAACCGUCCUCAGGUCUAGACGCUGUCAGCAUUAUGGCCUUUUGAUGUGUUUGAAUGACUAACCGUCCUCAGGUCUAGACGCUGUCACCAUUAUGGCCUUUUGAUGUGUUUGAAUGACUAACCGUCCUCAGGUCUAGACGCUGUCACCAUUAUGGCCUUUUGAUGUGUUUGAAUGACUAACCGUCCUCAGGUCUAGACGCUGUCAGCAGCAGCAAUGGAUAUUUUCCAGGACUCUAUAAUAUGCAGUAGUAGGCUGUUAACAGUACAGAUCCGUAAUGAAUAUGUUUAGCAGAUCCCUUUGGUUCCCUCGGCCUACUCAUUCACAUUUCCUUAUUAAGGGCUUCAGUUAAUAUUGUCUUCAACAACAUUUUAUAUCACAAAACACCUACAUGUUAUUACGAAACAGUGUUAAGUUAACCUUCUUACACACACGCACGUAUGUACAAAUACAUGCUCACACAAAUGUAGGCAUGCACGUACGCACACAAACACUCCCCCCCCCCCCCCUCCGACACACACAGUCAAACUCUUUAAUCAAUAAAAGCUGUAGAUGAAAUCACACUGAAUGAGUUUGAGUUUAUUUUUUAUUUUUUUUGAGUUGAUGUUUAUUUUUACAGGGAAAGUGCACAUUAAUCAACAUUUCAGUAAAAGUGCCGGUUUUAGCCAACCGGCUAAUUUUCAACUGCAGACCCUGGGCAGGUUAUUAAAAACAAUUACAAUAUAGACAAUAGCAACAUAGAACAAGCAAGACAUAGCAACAUAGGACAAGCAAGACAUAGCAUAUAGACAGAGCAACAUAGGACAAGCAAGACAUAGCAUAUAGACAGAGCAACAUAGGACAAGCAAGACGUAGCAUACAGACAGAGCAGCAUAAAACAAAAAGCAGCAAGACAAAAUUCAUAAAAGCAACAAAGUGUUUCCACACCUCACAAGCUACAGACAACAGACAACAUGGAGAGUGGCAACACACAGCUAGGGACCAUGUUCACAAAUCUGAUUGACCUUUAGCCAUGUCUUCAAGCAUUUUGUGAAAGUGUGAUAUGUGGUGCAGUUAUGUGUAUCUGAUGGCAGUGUAUUCCAGACAUGGGAAGCUCUCACAGAGAAUGCAGAUUUAGAAUGCAGAAUAGACCUUAGAUGUGUCUUUACAAGGCUAUUUAACAAUGUAAAACAAACAUAUUAUAGGCUAAUGUGUUUUUUUAUUUAAUUGUAUGGUGCUUGUGUACAGUUGCUAUUGAUAUAAAAAAAAUAGUAUAUUCUAUGUGUUGCUUUUCAAUGUUUGUAUUGUGUUCCACAAUUUUAAUAACAACUCUGUAUAUGUUUGGUUAGUAUUCAUCACAUCCACUUCAUCAUUAUCUUGUACUGUACAAUACAUAUCCCUUGCUGUUGGACUAUCUAGCGUUGGGAUUUCUAUAAUGGCCAGUUUGCUAACCAGUUGUCCGAUGCAAUAAUGUUUGAAACCAUAUGUAAGCUGAGGGUGUGAGCUAUGGUGCUUAUUUAAUAUUCAUAUAGAACGAGUGUGCUGUCAGGGACUCAAAUAACUCCCAAAACCAAAUAUUUGUUUAAUGUGUGACCAAAGUAUACUUUCAUGAAAAUAAAUGAGCAAUUUUUAUGUUAAACAAGA